UUAAAAAAAUUCUAACCAAUGGCAUUUAUUUAAAAGACAGCACUGAAAACACAAGUUUCACUUUUUCCAGUUUUGUUAGGUUUUUAAUUAUAAAACAAUAUAUUUAUUGGUUCAAAUUAAUACUACAAGUAUUUGUUCAAUUUAUGACUUUGUGAACUUGAAGCAAACUAACUUUGUAAAUCCAUUAAGAAUCGCCUUGUGACCAGGUGCUUGAAAAUAAUGACACUGAGUUACAAAUUACAAAAAGUUACAAAUACACUUCAAAAUACUUGGCAGCUUUCAUUUGUAGGGUGUGCACAUAAUGAUUAAUAAAACUGCUAUUUCAUUUUGGUAACAUGUUGAAUGAAUAUGUAAUAAAACUUUUGAUUGUGCAUAUUAUGCUAUUGUUGUAUUUUCUUGCCCUAGUUUAAAUGUGUUUUUCCUCAUCUUACUCCGAUUCCCUGUCAUUGUGACAUCACAGUCUUGAUGAUUAUGUUUCUCUUUGUCUUUGUCACUAAUUUCUUACCCGGCUACAGCAGGCAGCAUCUUAAAAACUGAACAGCAGUCAGUGAGGUGUCAAGUUCUCUUCUGCCGCAAUGUUUAUUUACAUUAAACAUGGAGAUAAUAACCAGUUCCUGGUUAACACCAACUGUCCAAUUGUUGUCCUCAUGAAGUACAUGAAAACCAGGUUGGGACUUGCUGAGUCAGGUAUGUACAGCUCUCUCGAGGGUAUUCUUCAUGCAUCAGGAUAUGUGGAUAAUCAGAAAGCUUAUAGACCAGGAGAUGAACCAGGAGUGAUGAAAUUCCUCUUUCUGCUUCAGAAUUCUCAGGAAUCUGCUCGUGGACUGCUAAAGGCUAAAGAGUCAUUCAUUGUUUGCAUUAUUAGACGUACAUCUGAUUGGGCUUAUACCUCUGUCACAUCUCUGCUAUGCAGUGUUGACUCUGCUUUAAUAGAGUCCCUGCAGACUCAGAUUGAUAAUCUUGAGAAAACUCGUCUGAAGCAGCUUCAUAUUGUGGAGGCUCGUAUGGCUACAUCAGAGGAAAUCAAUGCUCAAGCUUUGCCUACUAAAUCUACUAAAAAGCGCAAGAAAGUUACACAUGCCAAUGCCCCUGAUGAAGAAGUCCAGCGCCACAUGGGGGACAGGAAGAGCAGGAACUGAAUAACCACCCUCACAUCUGAGCAUUCAGCAUUCAUGCUCAUUCUUAAUGCUGAGUCCCAGUUUAAUUCAUUCAAAUUACAGACAUGUUCAUCAAAAAUGCUGUAUUAUAUAUUUUUUUAUUAUUUAUCUUUUUACUUGGUGAUUCAGGAAAGUUACAGCUUUGAUUUUAUAACAUUACAUAAAACUCAGGGACUAUAUCUUCUAGAAGAAAGAUACAGAGUAAUUUUCUUAAAACAAUGUUUCAAUGAAAAUGUAUGUCCUUCUAUCUAUCUGUCUGUCU